ACGUGUUUGGUGAAACUUUAUUGGUUGCCCGUCUUUCUUGCCAACUACGAGGCGACGUUUGCAGCGGUAAGGUAGCCAUUCUCCAUCCACUGCUGGAGGAAGGUCAACCACCACCACCACCACCCCCAGCGCUGUGAGGCGCUCUAAUAGCGUCCACCACUGCUCCCGACUUUACGAACUGACCCCCCCCCCCCCUACUACUCCACCAUCCCCACCGCCGCCGCCGUCGUCGCUCCGUCUCCGCGGGGUCGUCCUCUGCGCGGCUCGCAAUGAUCGCGGGGUCCCACACUCAGCUGACGGCGCGGCAGCAGCAGCAGCUGGCGUCGCACAUCGUCCGCAUGCUGGGCGCGCACCGCCACAUCCUGGACGCCUACAUCGUGGAAUUCUUCACGGAGAACCACUGGGAGAAGCUCCCAGCGCGGUGGCGAGAGGUUCUGGAUCAGCUGACGCCGGCCCAGCUGGGCUCCUUGCUGCUGUGCGGGGAGCGGCGCGGGCUGCCCACCGUGUGGCCGCUGUCUCUGCUCGCUUUCCGCGCCGCGUGCUCCGCGCUGCGGCUUCCUCGGGUGCCGCGGGGGAGCGUAACGGGGUCUGCGGGAGGCACGGGGCCAACGGGAGGGACCCCGGAGUUCAGGCAGAACCCCUGCCAGAGCGCCUUGCUGCAGCACCUGUACCGCGUGCACGUGAAGCCAAAGAAGCAGCACGAGAUCCAGAGGCUGGGCAUGCUGGUGCGUCAGCUGUGCGAUGAGGUGGGGUGCGAGGAGGUGGUGGACGUCGGCUCAGGACAGGGCCACCUCUCCCGAUUCCUGGGCCUUGGGCUGGGCCUGGGCGUCACGGCCGUGGAGGCCGACCCGGCCCUCGUCUCCGCCGCCGUCCGCCUCGACCGCCAGCUCCUGGCGGCCGCGGCCCGCAAGCACGGGGCCGCCGGCGGCACUGGCGACGCCGCCGCCCCCGUCAGGCCGCCGCGCCACCGGGUGGGCCGGGUGGACGCCGACGCCACCGCCAGUUGGCAGCACUUCGUGGCGCUGCUGCGAGACGCGCCGGGCCCAGGGAGCGGCGACACGGGCGGUCCGAUCUGUGGCGAUCCGGAGGAAGGGCUCCCCGGAAGAGCUGAUGGGGGGGCGGCAGCGGCGGUGACUUCGGUGGCCACCGACGGGCCGAUCGACGGGCCGGUAUGUGGGCCAGCGGACGGGCCCGGCGUGGUGCUCACGGGGCUGCAUGCGUGCGGGGACCUGAGCGCCGCGCUGCUCCGUCUGUUCGUACGCUGCCCGUGCGUCCGCGCCGUCACCUCGGUCGCCUGCUGCUACAUGAAGCUGUCGACGUGCGAGCAGCAGCAGCAGCAGCAGCAGCCGGGCGACCCGGCUUGGACGCCCGCGCGUGAACCCGGUUACCCCAUGAGCUCGUGGCUGGCGGCCCUGCCGGGCCACGACCUGCCGUACCGCUGGCGCGAGCUGGCGUGCCACGGGCUGGAGGAUCACGCCGAGCGGCUCACCGCCAGCGACGACGGCGCUGCCGCCACCGCCCUGCGGAUCCACGCACACCGCGCCGCCCUCGAGAUCCUGAUCCGCGAUCGGCGGCGUGACUUGUCUCGCGCGCCGGUGCGUCCCAUCAAACACGCGCACCGCCUGGAGUUCAGCGAGUACGCGGCGCUGGGCCUCGCGCGGCUGGGUUUGGCGCCGCUGGGGACGGGCGACGGCGAGCGCGUGCGGGCGGCGCUGGGCCAGCAGGGCCGGACCCUCGCCUUCUUCACGCUGGCGCUGGCGCUGGCGCCGCUGGUCGAGUCGCUCGUGCUGCUCGACCGCUCGCUCUACCUGCACGAGCAGGGCUUUGAGAGCUUCCUGGUGCCGCUGUUUGACCCCACGCUGUCCCCUCGGAACUGCGUCCUCGUCUCACUGAAGAGGUCGCCGAGCGACACCUGACCUCGCCCCCCCCCCCACGCUGCCCUCCUGUGGGAAGAGGAACACCCCCCCCCCUCCUCGACCGAGGGGUGGUGCAGGGUCGCAGAUCUCGCGCCUGCAGCGGAGCGCCCGCCACCCUCCGCACGACGACCGGCAGCCCUGGAGGGAUUCGGAGAUGCCCCCCCCCCCUCCCCAAUCGAGCCAGGAACAAUGGAUGCUUCCGCGUUAGUCCCACAUGGCACCCGGCGUCACGUGGCACAAGCCUACCCUGGUGCACACGCUUCAACGCAAAUGCAAACCCCUCACCCUUGCAGCCUGCACGGCACUGUUGGGACAAGUGCUGUUUGCGAGCGUCUAUUGGGAGCGGCGCGGCGCUCGUGGGGGCGGGGUGGGUGACACCACGACACCACGCCAGGCCGCCUUGGCCGAGUCGACCCAGGGGAGGCCCUGGGACCGGUUGAGGCAUCGCUCGCUCCCGACGUUAGCCGUCACAGCGCGGGUGUUGCCGGGUUCGUAGCGCUUUGGCGCUAACCACUGCGCCGCCGCUCCCCGACACCCCAACACCCACACCUCCCCAUGCGCACGGGGGUGGGGGGGGGGCUGUCCCCAUUGGCCACCACUUGUCAACAGCACCGACCGGUUCUGCGCGAAAAUCAACUCACCUGGCCCCCCCCCCACCGCUCACCACCAUCCCCACAAACCGGACUUUCCUGUGCGUGCCCAGCCGGCCGUGAGAAGAGACCGGACACCGCAGGAUGGCCCCUGGCAGUCCCCACGUUUACCGCAGCGGUGGUGACGGUGACGGUGACGCCACCGACGGCGAUGACUGUUGUGACGAUGACGACGAUGGUGACGAUGACAGUGAUGAAGACAAUGCCGACAGUCGUGACAGUGGCAACGAUGUGACUAUGGCGGUUGUGCCGCGCACCUCUCCGACGCGUCAUCGGUUUGUUGGGGACUCGAUGCCCGACGUCUCGUUGCACCCACUUUGAGCUCUGCAGUUCCUGAACAGCGCACGGCAAUACCGGCCCCCUGCCCCCCCAAAACAAAACACGGUGGGGGAUCGGCACAGCAACAACCCGAGGACGCUGCCGGCACGUGGGGCGAAACGUCGGGCAACACCGUGCGGUCCCUGUUGAACGGCGCAAACUCGGCGGCGUGCGUGCACCCUGCCCACCCCCCCCAAUCCCCACGUCGCCUCCCCCCGAUCCCCACGUCGCCCCCCCGAUCUCCACGUCGCCCCCCCUGAUCCCCACGUCGCUCCCCGAUGGGGGGGGGCGGGGUGGGGUGGGAGGGGAACGCCUUCGCCCGGGGCGCCGCGCCUGCUCCGUCGCGUUUUCGUUGCGCAGUCCAAACACCAAACACCACCCACGCGCCGCCACGAGAGCGGUGGUUGUGCACGGCACUGUUCGCACGCGGCCGGCCUCACGACGCUCCACAUAAACUCGUCCCAACCCGGAAACCGAAACCCUUCGCUGAUAAAAACCCUUCGCUGUUAAAACCCUUCGUUGAUAAAAUCCUUCCCUGAUGAAACCCUUCGCUGAUGAAACCCUUCGCUGAUAAAAACCCUUCGCUGAUGAAACCCUUCGCUGAUGAAACCCUUGGCUGAUAAAACCCUUGGCUGAUAAAACCCUUCGCUGAUAAAAACCCUUCGCUGAUGAAACCCUUCGCUGAUAAAACCCUUCGCUGAUAAAACCCUUCGCUGAUGAAACCCUUCGCUGAUGAAACCCUUCGCUGAUAAAACCCUUCGCUGAUAAAACCCUUCGCUGAUAAAACCCUUCGCUGAUGAAACCCUUCGCUGAUAAAACCCUUCGCUGAUGAAACCCUUCGCUGAUAAAACCCUUCGCUGAUAAAACCCUUCGCUGAUGAAACCCUUCGCUGAUGAAACCCUUCGCUGAUAAAACCCUUCGCUGAUGAAACACUUCGCUGAUGAAACCCUUAGAUGAUAAAACCCUUCGCUGAUGAAACACUUCGCUGAUGAAACCCUUAGAUGAUAAAACCCUUCGCUGAUGAAACACUUCGCUGAUGACACCCUUGGCUGAUAAAGUCCUCAACAAAUAAAACUGACUAAGCAUCGUGUUAACCGCGCGGUACCUGCGUUUUGAAGUGUUGCAGUAAUCUUCGUGCAUUUCAAGGAACGACUUAAAACAAUUACGUGGCUAAAAUAAAAGUUAACAUUUUUCUUA